AUGAAACUUCUUCUCUUGUUUCUCGCCUUCAUCACCCUAAGCAGUGCUGCAAGCAAUGAUAAUGCGUCAAGUCCCUUCUGCACUAAGGGAUGCCCAUACUUAAAGAGCAUGGAUAAAGACCCGAAAGUCAAGAUUGAUUCCAAGAAAAUUGAAGAAAAGUGCAAGACCGACCCCAAAAUACCGUAUUUACUUUGUUUUGAACACAACCUGAAGGUCUUCAAGAUAAUGGGCAAAUACACAUGGGCAGAGAUCUGCAAGUCGGUAUGCGGCAAUUAG